AUGGCCAGUUCACUUUUUGAUGGCCAGUCAGAAAAGGAGUACUUGCUCCAGACUGAAUUGAAGAUUCUGUCAUUCUUGCUAAAAGACCGAGUCUCUCCUGGCGAUCUUUGGGAAAUUGUUGGGGAGCGCACUAUCGAAGCGAAACAGGAGGGAAUAUUGCGCCAACACCAAAGCAAUUACUUUGCUGAAUUUCAGGGACAAAUGCAUGUAAUUGUAGAGCAUAUUCUUAUGGAGGAAAGGAAGAAAAUAAGUCAGAUGGAGGUGUCCUUGUACUGUCAGGCUAUCGAACAUGUGCAGCAGCACCGGAUGCAUGCCCCACCUCUGAUGGGACAUUACUGUUUUUUACAUGCUUCCACUCAUUCAACAUCUGGUUUCGUCCCUGCACACGACGACAAACGGACAUCCAUCAUUCUAAAUUGUGUCGGCGCUUCAUUAUCCCUGUUGAGCACAUGUGUAGCCGUCGAUGUCCAAGAAGCCUUCUACGAUGCAUUCCACGCAGAACAAGCCUGCCAGGCAGGAUUAAUGACACAGUCUUUUACUGUUAAUGGCGACCUAUAUCAUCGCGACAUCAGGUUGGAGCUACUUAUCUUGCAGGCAAAAAUGCGCCACGCCCAAGCAGAGAUAGACCUCUAUACGGUGGCCAUCAAAAAUGCUCGUGAAUUUGACUCUUGUGACAACAUUAGCGUGUCGUCAUCUUCCAGUGGUUCUAAUCCUCCACCUCCGCCUCGACCAGACGAAUUGUACUACUACAACGUAGACCGUGAUGAUGUGACGGAUGACUUUGAUAAUUUCCAAUUUGAGUAA